GCGUUGACGCUGCCGGUGGGACAGGAUAGUGUUUACCGUUUGCUUUUACAAAAGUUACUCCCCUUAGUUGAAAAAUCGCCAUGGAAAAUGACAACAACAGUGUCUCUUAUUUUACCUGUUCACAAUGCUGACAAAUGGUUAGAUGACUGUCUACAGUCUGUUGUCAGUCAGACAUAUUCAGAUGGACUAGAACUGUCCAUAUAUAAGGACUCGUGCACUGAUAACUCUGAACAGAUUAUAAAGGAAUGGGAAAAGAAAUUAGUUGAACGAGAUGUCAAAGUUGUGAAUGGUGGCCACAAUGAUGAAAACCCCAGAGGAGUUGGUUAUGCUAAGAAUAGGGCAGUCAAGCAGAGCUCGGGACAGUAUCUGUGUUUUCUGGAUGCUGAUGAUGUUAUGGACAAGGAUAGAGUAAAUGAACAAUACAAGGCAGCCAAGGCCCAUCCUGACAGUAUUAUUGGGAGUAAGUUCCACAGGGAGCCAGAGGGAUCCACAGACAGAUUCACAAAGUGGGCCAACACUAUAACCCAGGAACAGCUAUACACACAGGUGUACACAUCCCAUGGACCCACUGUGAUUAUGCCAACAUGGUUUUGUAAGAGGGAGGUGUUUGAUAGAGUAGGUGGUUUUUGUGAGGCAGGAAAGGGUGUGCCUGAAGAUUUGAUAUUUUUCUACAAACAUUUGGAGCUUGGAGGAGGGCUGUACAGGGUGGAGAAAGAUUUGUUGAUGUAUAGGUACCAUCCAGAGGCAACAACAUUCUCUGUGAAAGAAGACACAAUAUGGAAGGAGCGAGUAGAAUUUCUCCAGAAACAGGUGCUGUCAAAAUGGCCGACAUUUACAAUAUGGAAUGCUGGGAAACAGGGGAGAAAACUCUAUAGAUCCCUUUCAAGAGCAAAUCAAAAGAAGGUUGUUGCUUUCUGUGAUGUAGAUGAGAAAAAGAUCAGCAAAGGUGUCUAUAUCUAUGAGGAAUCUAAGGAGAAGCCUAAACCAAAAGUUCCUAUUGUUCAUUUCAAAAAUGCUGUACCACCGUUUAUAAUCUGUGUAAAGAUGGACCUGACACAUGGAGACUUUGAGAGGAACCUGGAAUCACUGCAGCUUACAGAGGGUCAGGACUACUUCCAUUUUAACUGAUAAUUGUUAAACUGCAAUGCCAGCCGAGUCUAGAAGUGUUAUGAAAACUGUCAAGAAAUACAUAAAUGUCAGACUGUUCUAUAUCAUUUAGAAAAAUAUUCUGCAGAAUUUGUCUCCCAAGGAAACAGAACAAUGUAUUAUACUGUUUUGUUGCACUCAACAAGUGAAGUUGUGUUAAACUAGCUAUUCAGAUGUGUCUCUGGACUUGUAUAACUAAUGAAAGAAAUUCAACAUGCAGAAUCAUUGGUCAAAAGUAUGAACGCCUUGUAAGGCCUGGACAGUUUGCAAAUAUGAAUUCAGAGCUGUUACAGAAAAUUUUACAUGGUGGUGUCUUUGAAUGGUAGAUUCCAGAAAUAAACGAGACUUAGCAUAGCAAGAGGUUCCUAUUAGCGCAUACAAAUAUUCUGUCUUUUAAGAAAAUUUGUUCUUAGCAUCAUUUUACAUAAUGUUUAAUAUGAUAUUGAUAAAAAAAAAACUGUUUGGUUAUACUUUAUGAUAUGAAAAUUUUCUGAACUGCGCAUAUGUAGCCUUCCUCAGAUAUUUUUCGUCACAUGAUUAACGCAUGUGAGCCA